GUGAAAAAUUCCAGCUUCUAAAGAAAAUUUUCAUUUCAUACAUUUCUCUUCCUUUUCAUUUAUACUUUUUUUUUUCACAACCAUUCAGGCCAACAGAAUCAAUAACCUCUAGCUUUAUCCACCCGUUUAUUUCUAUCUUCUUCAGCUUUUUUUUUUUAUUUCAAUACUUGAGAGGACCUACUUUCUUUACAACGCGCAAAUCUCAUUAAAUAAAUUAUUGUCAAUGAACCCAGUCAGCCACGAAAACGAUAAUUGGAAAAAGAACUUGAAUCUUCCUGCGAAAGACCAAAGACCACAGACAGAGGAUGUUACAGCGACAAAAGGAAAUGAAUUUGAGGAUUACUUUCUAAAAAGAGAACUAUUGAUGGGUAUUUUUGAAGCCGGAUUUGAAAGACCCUCGCCUAUUCAAGAAGAAGCCAUACCUAUUGCUUUAGCAGGGCGUGAUAUUCUUGCUAGAGCAAAAAACGGUACAGGCAAAACAGCAGCAUUUGUGAUUCCUACUCUUGAAAAGAUCAACAAUAAGAAAGCAAAGAUUCAAGCAUUAUUACUCGUUCCCACCCGUGAAUUAGCCCUCCAAACGUCGCAAGUAUGUAAAACACUCGGAAAACAUUUGAACUUACAGAUUAUGGUCACUACUGGUGGUACAACUCUGAGAGAUGAUAUUAUGCGUUUAAGUGAAACUGUACAUGUACUUGUCGGCACACCUGGCCGUAUUUUGGAUUUAGCUUCGAAAGGAGUUGCUGAUUUCAGAGAAGCAACUACUUUUGUUAUGGAUGAAGCCGACAAACUUUUAUCGCCCGAAUUUACGCCUAUUAUUGAACAACUUAUCAACUUUUUCCCGAGAGACAGACAAAUUAUGCUUUUUAGUGCCACCUUUCCUAUGAUUGUCAAGAAUUUCAAAGACAAGUUUUUAGUCAAGCCUUACGAAAUCAAUUUGAUGGACGAAUUAACAUUACGAGGUGUUACUCAAUACUAUGCUUAUGUCGAAGAAAAACAAAAAGUCCAUUGCUUAAAUACAUUAUUCUCAAAACUUCAAAUCAAUCAAUCAAUUAUCUUUUGUAAUUCUACCAACCGUGUCGAAUUAUUAGCCAAAAAAAUCACAGAGCUCGGUUAUUCGUGCUUCUAUUCUCAUGCUAAAAUGUUACAAAGUCAUCGUAAUCGAGUUUUCCAUGAUUUCCGAAACGGUGUUUGCCGUAACCUCGUCUGUUCCGAUCUACUUACUCGUGGUAUCGAUAUCCAGGCCGUCAAUGUCGUGAUCAACUUUGAUUUCCCCAAAAAUGCUGAAACUUACUUACAUCGUAUCGGUCGUUCUGGCCGUUUUGGACAUUUGGGUUUAGCGAUCAAUCUUAUCACGUACGAAGAUAGAUUCAAUUUGUACAAAAUUGAACGCGAAUUAGGCACGGAAAUUCAACCUAUACCACCCGUCAUUGAUAAGACAUUGUAUGUAGCUCCAAAUGCUUUGGAUGAAGCCGAAGUUCAACAGCCCAAUAAACAACAAGCAGUAGCCAUCCGUCAACAGCAACAAAAUCAAGAACAGCAAGGAGACCAACAGCAGCAGCAACAGCAAAGACAAUACAAUAAUUAUCGAUCCAAUCAACAAUGGCGUGGAAGAGGAGGUAGAGGCGGUGGCGGUGGCGGACAACGUUAGCUUGCAACCAAUACCUUUCUUUCCAGUCGCAUCGACAAGGAAAAACAUUAGCACCUUUCAAUCAAUGUAAGAAGAGACUAGUAUCAGCCUUUUUUUGUAUCAAUCCUCAUGAUAACAACAAUGAACAAAGACCCUGAAGAAAUGAUGUAAAACAUUGCUUAACCAUUUUUUUUUAUGUCGGUUUUUGUUGGUUUUUUUUUUCAAAUCAUUUAGUUUCAUGCGCGCUGCAUAAAAAAUGUUAAGGAACAACACGAAAUAAUAAAACUACGCGUGAUAAAUUUGA